AUGAGCCACACCAUGAGCGACAGCAGCGAAUCACCGAAAACGGCCAACUCACAACACGAAGAAAACAUCACGUUGCGACGUGCGCAGCGAGUUCGCCGGUCAACGGAACGCGAAUUCAAACAAGCGCGAAUGCCGAGAAUAAAGGUACCCACUUUUUCACCGGAUGAACCAGAUCUUUGGUUUGCCCUUCUGGAGGGUCAAUUUGAGGCAAAUGGGGUAAACGACGAUUAUAUAAAAUUUACCUUGGUUGCAAAUAACUUGGACAUGCAUUACGCAAAAGAAAUAAAAGAUAUUAUCGUUAACCCCCCGCCUAGAUUCCGAUAUGAGAAAAUUAAAGCGGAACUAAUGAAACGGUUGUCAGCUUCCAAUGAAAAGAAGGUGCAACAGCUCGUAAUGCACGAAGUUCUUGGAGAUAGAAAACCUUCCCAGUUCUUACGGCAUUUACAGGAUUUGGCAGGCCCAGAAUGCCCUGAGCACAUAAUUAAAACUAUAUGGUCUAACCGUUUACCACGAGAUCUUCAGAGGGUAUUAGCAUCCCAGUCAACGCAGAGCCUACAACAACUAGCUGAACUGGCGGAUCGAAUCGAAGAACUGACGUCAUCAGGAAGUAUUGCCACCACGUCAGCAGUACUACCACAAAGGUUAGACACACGCAGAGACGAGAUUGCUGAAUUAAAAAACAUGAUAAUACAAUUAUCCCUGAAAUUAGAAGAACAUACCCGUAGUUCCUGUGCAUCGUGCUCCACCAACCGGCCCGAGCGAUCACAUGACCGGCAUCGUUCCCCCUCGCGAGAAAGAAGACGGUCAAGAUCACGCACUGGCCAAUAUGCCAUAUGCUGGUACCAUUCCAAGUUUGGGGACGACGCAAAGAAAUGCAUCAAGCCCUGUAAAUAUCCCAAGGCGGAAAACUCCGUGGGCAGUCGCUAA